CGGUGGGUAGCAAAACUCGACGGAACACCCCGGCUAGCUGUAGUAUCGUUAACGUUAACCGAGAGACUGACAGUGAGUGGGGGAGAGGUCGAGGCUGAGUCUCCAGUAUAGCAGAGUUAACUAAAGCAGCAGCAGGUUGGAAGCCCCAUUUCUGAGUGUCUGUUCUGAGACACUAUUUUUUAUUCAUCGGAUAACUUGAAGAGUGUCUUUAGAGAUGAGUAACCCUUACGCACAUAUCAUUGAGCCUCUGGACCCCAAGAAGCCAGAACAUAAGUUCUUCAAUCUCACAAAGCUUGGAGACCCCAGAUAUGAGCGCCUACCUUUCUCCAUCCGUGUGUUGCUGGAGUCCGCUGUGAGAAACUGUGAUGAGUUCCUGGUGAAGAAGGAGGAUGUAGAGAGUAUCCUGAAUUGGAAGCAGACACAGACUCAGACUGUGGAGGUGCCUUUCCGACCAGCCCGUGUCAUUCUGCAGGACUUUACCGGUGUCCCUGCAGUGGUGGAUUUUGCUGCUAUGCGUGAUGCUGUAAAGAAAUUGGGCGGAGAUCCAGAGAAGAUCAAUCCUGUGUGCCCUGCUGACCUCGUCAUCGACCAUUCCAUUCAAGUAGACUUCAACAGGAAGUCUGACAGCCUUCAAAAAAAUCAAGAACUUGAAUUUGAAAGAAACAAGGAGCGGUUUGAGUUUUUAAAGUGGGGUUCUAAAGCAUUCCAGAAUAUGCGCAUAAUUCCACCAGGAUCAGGAAUAGUGCAUCAAGUCAACCUUGAGUAUCUGGCCAGGGUAGUGUUUCAGCAGGAUGGACACUACUAUCCAGACAGCCUGGUGGGAACUGAUUCUCACACCACCAUGAUCAAUGGCCUUGGAGUGCUGGGUUGGGGUGUGGGAGGUAUUGAAGCAGAGGCAGUUAUGCUUGGGCAGCCUAUCAGCAUGGUGCUUCCAGAGGUCAUCGGUUACAGACUUAAGGGCACGCCGAACAAAUUCAUCACUUCUACUGACAUUGUCCUCACUGUCACCAAGCACUUGCGUCAGGUUGGUGUGGUGGGAAAGUUUGUGGAAUUUUACGGCCCAGGUGUAGCCCAGCUUUCCAUUGCUGACCGCGCCACCAUUGCCAACAUGUGUCCGGAGUAUGGAGCCACAGCUGCCUUCUUCCCUGUAGACCACAUCAGUAUCCAGUAUCUUGAACAAACAGGCCGAGAUGUUGAGAAGCUCAGUUACAUUUCUCAGUAUCUGAAAGCAGUGGGCAUGUACAGAGACUACAGCAAUGAGACUCAAGAUCCAGAUUUCACAAAGGUUGUUGAACUGGACCUUUGCACAGUCGUCCCUUGCUGCAGUGGUCCAAAGAGGCCGCAGGACAGAGUGGCUGUUUCGGAAAUGAAAGAGGACUUUGAGUCUUGCUUAGCAGCCAAGCAAGGUUUUAAGGGGUUUCAACUGCCACCCGAGCGCCAUGAUGUUAGUGUGCCAUUCCAGUAUAAUGACGUGGAUUACUCUCUUUCUCACGGCUCUGUGGUCAUCGCUGCCAUCACCAGCUGCACCAACACCAGCAACCCCUCAGUCAUGCUAGGUGCAGGUCUGCUGGCUAAAAAGGCCAUCGAGCAUGGCUUGAGUGUAAAGCCUUAUAUUAAGACCAGCCUGUCUCCCGGCAGUGGAGUGGUCACUUAUUAUCUGAAAGAGAGUGGGGUGAUGGACUACCUUGUGAAACUAGGUUUUGAGGUGGUUGGUUAUGGCUGCAUGACCUGCAUAGGGAACAGUGGGCCUCUUCCAGAUCCAGUUGUGGAGGCCAUUACUAAGGGAGAUCUGGUAGCAGCAGGAGUUCUGUCUGGCAACAGGAAUUUUGAGGGUCGUGUUCACCCGAACACUCGCGCCAACUACUUGGCCUCUCCUCCUCUGGUCAUUGCCUAUGCUAUUGCAGGAACAGUGAAGAUCGACUUCGAAAAGGAACCCAUUGCGGUGAGCGCAAACGGAAAGGAGGUUUAUUUGAGGGACAUCUGGCCUACCCGAGAGGAGAUCCAGGCUGUGGAGAGAGAGUUUGUCAUCCCUGCUAUGUUCAAAGAGGUCUAUGAGAAAGUUGAGAAAGUGAAUGACCGUUGGAACUCUCUUAAUGCUCCCUCUGACAAGCUCUAUACCUGGGAUGUCAAGUCCACCUACAUCAAGUCUCCACCGUUCUUCGAUGGAUUGACCAAAGAGCUCCAGCAGCCCAAGUCUAUUGUGGAUGCAUAUGUGCUGCUUAAUUUGGGAGAUUCUGUGACCACAGACCACAUCUCUCCUGCUGGAAACAUUGCCCGCAACAGUCCUGCUGCUCGCUACCUCACCAGCCGUGGACUGACACCUCGAGAGUUUAACUCCUAUGGCUCUCGCCGAGGCAAUGAUGCCAUCAUGGCCCGUGGCACAUUCGCCAACAUUCGCCUCUUGAACAAGUUCCUCAACAAGCAAGCGCCCUCCACCAUCUACCUGCCCACAGGAGAGAUGAUGGAUGUAUAUGAUGCUGCAGAGAAGUACCAACAGGCAGGACACCCUCUGCUGGUGCUGGCUGGUAAAGAGUAUGGCUCAGGCAGCUCCAGAGACUGGGCAGCUAAAGGACCAUUCCUUCUGGGCAUCAAAGCUGUGCUGGCUGAGAGUUAUGAGCGUAUCCACCGCAGCAACCUGGUGGGUAUGGGAGUCAUUCCUCUGGAGUAUCUUAAUGGAGAAACGGCUGAUAGUCUGGGGCUUACAGGCAGAGAGCGCUAUACUGUGGCCAUUCCUCCACAGCUCACACCCAGGAUGAUUGUUGAUAUUAAGUUGGACACAGGAAAGACAUUCCAGGCGAGAAUGCGUUUUGACACCGACGUGGAGCUCACUUACUUUCAUCAUGGUGGGAUCCUCAAUUACAUGAUUCACAAGAUGACCGACAACUAAAGUACACCUCAUUCCCUUCCUGUGCAGUUGGCAGGCUGAAAGAGAGUAUUCCUCGUCCACAGACUGAUUCUUGUUUUUCACCUCAGUUUUUUCUUUUUUGUUUUCUUUUGGAAAAGCAAACUGAUUUUUUUGCCGGUUUACAUAUAGUAUUGUUUGGUCAGUUUUUUGUUAGUCUGAACUCAGUCUAAACGAUUGUUAAAAAUCAAAGUCUGAAAUGCUUAAGUAAUUCAUAUCACAGAUACACUAAAUACUGUAAGGCAUGUUUUUGUGAUUCAGGUGUAGUGGAGGUGAUGGUGAUGGUUAGGCUAGUCAUUGGAUGAAUCCUGUAGUAACACAAUUAGACUCUUGCAGCACUGUGUCUGACUGACUAGAGCCAAAAGACUGUAGCUUUAGUGUUUUUGAGCAGGGCCCCUAAUCCAAAGAGCUUAAUGUGGUUACUUGGGCACUACACUGGACACAAAGAAAAGAAUCAUUAGAUUUUAUUAACAGAGCGACAGAUCAAGGUGUGCUCCCAUCUACCAGCAUUGUAGCUUCAGUGUUGCCAAACAUUUAGCUUUCAUCUUCUCUACUCCAGUGUCUCAUGCAUUAAUUUAGCUUUAAAAUAAUGUGUUUAUAAUUACUGUAAUAACUUAUUUUGCUUGGCAAAUUCAUCACUUAAAGGUUAAACAUGUUUGUAACAAAUGUGACAAAAUCUUACUGGUGUGGAAAUAUUUGCUUUUUUCCAUCCAAAGUAACUAUGGAAAGAAUGAAGUUUUGGUACUUACUGGGUCUAGUCUUUACUUCCUGUUGAUCAUUUUUAGUAUUUUUAGCUAGUUAAGUAAUAUUAUACAAGUAAAGGCAACUGAUCGUUUACUGAUCACUUACCAUUGGCUGACCGUUAAGACUGAAAUGUUCAUUUGUUAUGGGUAAAUCAGUGUACUGCGUGCUGUAAAUGAAAUCAAAUACUCUGUGACUGUAAUAUUUAGAUCAAUGAAAGUGCCUAUGACAAACUGUAUAUGUUGUUCUCUUUAGACAUGCACUUAGGCAAUAUCAUUCCAGACCAUAAAUAUGCACUUUUCCAUCAUUUCUGUUGUUGAUAGUCAAAAUAUUUUGAGCCAUUCCUGUACAGUAGCUGCUUUUCUUUCUGUAAGUUAAGUAAACUUUUGGAGUAACAUGGAACUGAGAUACUGAGUAAAUAAGCCAUUUACCAAUACUAUACAAUUAUAUUAAUAUCAAAGUCAAAAUCAUAUCUCGAUUAACCAUGGUGAAUGUUAAUGGGAAAACAAGGGAAUCAUGUUUGGAAGUUGUCAGUUAUUUGCAAAUGACUGAUAUCAAGAUAUAAAUUAAUGAUUUUUAGAUGCUUUUUUGAGAUACCAAAUCUUUCUGUGGAUAAACUUACACACACAUAUGAUGUUGAUGUCCAAUGUAAAGCUCUUCUCAUAAUGCAUUCAAUUUGUAAACUGUUUGUCACUAGUCAAAUAAUGUUUUAGUCAAAUAAAGUGUUUGAUUAAUAAAAUCAAAUGAACAUCUACAUCUGGGCCCAUUGACACUUUUAGUAUAAUUUGGAUAUUGUAAUAACAUUCAUACAAAGUGGAAGUUAAUUGAACUUCAUUUAAAUUAAUAGUUUUCUAUGUAUUGACUAACUGUACUCAAAAAAAACAAUCUCCCUGGAUGAUGAUGAUGAGAGCUUUUUGUGGACUGGUGUGCUUUAGAGAAAGUUUAACUAGAGCUAAAUGUGUUGAAGGAGAAUUUAAUAAAUGGAACUGGAGGAACUGAAAAGAAAA